UUUAGUAAAUUUAUUUUCUGCAUAAAGAAAAUCUUUUCUGUAUUAAGUAACACCCGGUAAUGGCGCCCAACCUUCUUUUGCGAUCUUCUCCUCUCCCUCAGUAGUUGCACCCAGGAAAACUCACCAGCCAAGCCGUCUCAACCUCAACCACAGUCCCCGUCACCUCCUUGCCGACGUUGAUGCGCGUUCCUUCUCCUUCUGUAUACCGAAUAAUGGUGGCCGAUGGGAUAGGACAGCGAAGAGUAGAGUAAAUGUGCAUUUUGUGGAGGGAAGUGGACCUUAUGGACAACACCCAAGCUGUAACAAAUUGUCAAGAAAUAUUGGAACGACGAGGAAGUGGUGCCUGCGGUUCAAGUUCUGGAAGAUGUUAAAGACUUAAAGAUGUUCCUGAUCCGUGCAGUAUAGUUUGAUCAACAACCAGACAAUGUUGAGAUCAUUCAGUCUUCAUUCACUUGAUUGAAGUUGGUUUGAUAUCAUACAUCAGCACAGCGCAGUCACAACUCAAAGGUUAAUGGACUUGGACGACAGUGGACCAGCUGUGAUGAAUAGAAGUUCAGGAGAUGAAUCAGGUCUUAAAAUCAGUUUAACUCCAAGAACUAUGCCCAGAAGUCAUCAGUGUCAUUACUCGUUAGAGAGGAAAAGUCCAGUGAUGCCACGUGGUCUAAGUGUCUCUUGUGCUGCCAAGCCCAAGAUGGUCACAGAGGUCAGUGAUAUAGUGAAAAGUCAGCUUGUUUUGGCAGAGGAUGCUAAAGUUACUGGCGAAACAAAAUUUUCAGAAAUCGGAGCCGAUUCUCUUGACACAACUAGCGCUUCAUUGAAAUUCACAGUUUUGAACCCUAAGGGAAGGAUUUGGACCAUGGUGGCUGGAGGAGGAGCCAGUGUUAUCUAUGCAGAUACUGUAUGGUUGGGGGUCUUGGUUGAGCAUCUGAGCUUGGGACUAUGCUGAAUAUACUGGUGCUCCCAAUGAAGACGAGGCCUUACAGUAUGCCAAAGUUGUGAUUGAUUGUGCAACUGCAGACCCCGAUGGUCGCAAGAGAACCCUUGUGGUUGGAGGAGGUAUUGCCAAUUUUACUGAUGUUGCUGCUACUUUCAAUGGAAUAAUCAAAUCUCUGAAGGAGAAGGAAUCAAAGCUUAAAGCCGCAAGAAUGCACAUUUCUUUAAAGGAACUUGGAUAUUAUUUCUUUAAAGGAACUAUUAGAGACUGAAUGCAAAGGUGACUAUUAGGGUAAGAGACAAGAACAACGAUCAUUCUUCAAUGUCCCGGGAAGAUCUACUUGUCCACUUUGGUGAAGAAGUGAUCGAUAGCAUUCCAUUAGUUUCUUGACCAUCUCACGUGCGAUUCUGCAACAACAUUAUCAAAUAGUACAUGGUGUUUGUUAGUUUUGGACGAAUUUUAAUAUUUUUGGGUAGUUGAUGUACUAACCCCUGAUGCAUGCUUAUAUAAGUGCAAAAUGGGAUUGAAUUCUCUUAUAAAGCUUGAAAAAGUACUAUUCACUAUUGUACUAACUUUCUUUUUUGCAUACUAUGUUGGAUAAGUGUAAAUAACAUCCUUUCAAAAAGAUUUUUGAUGGUAAAUUUUGGGUUUAGUGUUG